GAAUGUUUUUUGACAUCUGACAUAAAUUUAAAAAUUUUAUUAAAAGUUUUUUAAAUACAAUAAUACAAAUACAAAAUAUAUAUCUGUGAUAAUAAUCGUGAGAAUUAAAUAUUGUGUGAAAAUCUGAGAAUGAAUGAUCUUUUAAUGAAUGAUACUUUUGAAAAUAUCACAUUUACACAGAAUACUUUUACAACAAAGUCAUUUCCCCAUAUUUAUACAAAUUCUUCAAAUGGGGAACAUGUUUCUCAAAAGUUAAACAAAAAUGAAGAAAAUGGUAUACUUUUUGACGAUUCUGUAUUUUUGUCACAAUUAUCAUUUACGUCUGAAGAAGACUCGAUUGAGAAACAUAUAGUUCAACCAGUAAGUUUACAAGAAAUUAUUAAGGAGUCUCAAAAUGUUUUAUCUGGAAUUGUAUAUGAAGAAAAGGAAGUCUCUGUGGGACAAAUAUGUAGUAAUAAAAAAGAUUUAUGUGAUAAAUAUAGUAUACAAAGCAUUUCUAUUGCAAAUGUAAAAAGUCAAUCAAGUAAAUCUGAAUGUAAUAAGGAUACCAUUUUAUUAAAAAAUAAUGUAGAUUUGAAUCAGCUCUCUUCAUGGGGACUGCCCAAAGCAGUUUUAGAAAAAUACGAGUCCAGAAAUUUGAGGACUAUGUUUCCUUGGCAAGUAGACUGUCUUGGCAAUGAGGAAGUCUUGAAAGGGAAAAACCUUGUAUACUCAGCUCCAACGUCAGCAGGAAAAACACUUGUAGCAGAGAUAUUAGCUAUUAAAACAAUUCUAGAACGAAAGAAAAAAGUUAUUUUUAUUUUACCAUUUGUUUCUAUAGUUAGAGAAAAAAUGUUCUACUUCCAAGACUUACUAGAAACUAGUGGGAUAAGAGUAGAUGGAUUUAUGGGAUCCUAUAAUCCACCUGGAGGUUUUAAAGCUGUACAGUUUGCUAUAUGCACCAUAGAAAAGGCUAAUAGUUUAAUAAAUAGAUUGUUAGGAGAAGAAAACUUGGAGAGUAUUGGAGCUGUUCUUAUAGAUGAAAUACACCUACUAGGGGAUCCUAGUCGGGGAUAUCUUCUAGAACUACUUUUAACUAAAUUACGAUACAUUUCUAAAAAAGAUGACUUAAAAAUCCAAAUCAUAGGCAUGUCUGCUACUCUUCCUAAUCUGCCUCAGAUCGCUAAAUGGUUGGAUGCCGAAUUAUACACCACUGACUUCCGUCCAGUGCCUUUAAAUGAGCAAGCUCAUGUAUGUGGAGAAAUAUACAACCCCAUGAUGAAGUUGGUUAGAACAUUGAGUCAGCUGCCAGAAUUGAAGACUGACUCUGACAAUAUUUUACAGCUUUGUCUUGAAACCAUUAAGGAAUCAUGUUCUGUGUUGAUAUUUUGUCCUACGAAAAACUGGUGUGAGAAUUUGGCACAGCAAAUUGCAACUGGGUUUUAUAAAAUAGGCAGCUCAAAAUCUACCUGGGGAGAUCUUUUACGAGCACAACUCGACACUAGUCUCAUAAUGGAACUAUUAGAGCAACUCAAGUACUGCCCAGUUGGUUUAGACGUCAUUUUGAACAAGACAGCAUCUUUUGGCGUGGCAUUUCACCACGCAGGUUUGACGAUGGAGGAAAGGGACAUCGUAGAAGGCGCUUUCAGAAACGGUGUUUUGAGAGUUCUAGUAGCAACAUCAACCUUGUCAUCGGGAGUGAAUCUACCAGCUAGAAGGGUGAUAAUCAGGACGCCGAUGUUCCAUGGCAAACCAUUAGACUCUCUGGUAUACCGACAGAUGAUUGGCAGAGCUGGACGAAUGGGCAAGGACUCUGUAGGCGAAAGCUUCCUCAUAUGUCAAAAGAACGACUACAAAAUAGCCAAAGAUUUAAUGUCUGCUGACUUAUCACCCGUUAGGAGUUGUUUAGAGAGUGCUGGAAAGUUAAAAAGGGCCAUUUUGGAGGUGAUAGCUAGCGGUGUAGCUUCGACACCAGAAGAUAUCCAGUUAUUUACAGAAAGUACUCUGUUGGCUGUUGAAGAUGAAGGUACGCAAGAAUUGAGCAAUCCUAUUGAUGAAGCUGUUGAUUUUUUGCAAAGGAACGAGUUUGUCCGAUUACAGCAAGAAGAGGAUGGAGGUCAGAGAUAUGUGGCUUCUUCAUUAGGAAAAGCAUGUCUAUCUUCUUCCAUGUCCCCGGAUGAUGGAUUAUCUCUAUUUAUCGAGUUGGAAAAGGCUCGACAAUGUAUCGUACUCGAAACCGAAUUGCAUCUUAUCUAUCUCGUCACUCCGUACAGCGCUUGCUACUCUUGGGAAAACAUAGACUGGAUGCUGUACCUCACUAUCUGGGAAAAAUUACCCGCGAACAUGAAGAAGGUUGGAGAGUUGGUUGGAAUUCGUGAAUCGUACAUAGUAAACGCCACGAGGGGCAAAAUUCUAACGAACACCGGCAAACUGUACCAUCAGUUUUUGGUUCACAAGAGAUUUUUCGUAGCGCUGGCCCUGCAGGAUUUGGUGAACGAAAAGCCACUGAGUAUGCUUCAAUCUUUACAACAAUCUUCGUCCAGUUUUGCCGGAAUGGUAACCUCUUUCAGCAAACAGUUGGGUUGGAAUAGUAUCGAACUCUUGCUUGCGCAGUUUCAAGAAAGGAUGCAAUUCGGUGUUAGCAGAUCUUAUCGACCUGAUGCACCUACCGUCCUCAACGGCAAAAUGGCGAGAGCCCUGUACAACGCCGGUAUCGAAUCAGUUAUCCAACUAGCUAAUUCGGAAAUAUCCGCAAUAGAAAACAUUCUACAUCGAGUAGCACCGUUUGAGAGUGAAAAAGAACGGGAAGGCGAAUCAGAAUACGAGAAAAGACAGAGGAACAAAUAUAAAAACGUGUGGAUUGCUGGAAGAGAAGGCUUAACUGAAAGACAAGCGGCGGAAAUUUUCGUAAGAGAUGCUAGAAAAUAUCUGAAGAUCGAACUAGGGCUGGUUGAUGCUCAGUGGGAGAAUGUAAAGGACGAAGGAGAAGAAGAAAUUGAGAAAACUAACCAAAGCGAUGAUUGUACAGAACUUAAGGAAGAAGUAAUUGUGAAUUACGAAACAAAUACAGCUCAAACAGAAGAAAUGCAACAAAAUAGCGAUAUUAUAACAUCAGAGGGCGCUAAUCACAAUACAAAUAAUAAAGUGGAAGAUAUACAUAAAAACGAUAGUGUUUUUUCAGACGAUUCAGUAGUUCUUUCAAAUAAUAUCAGCAUUUCUGACGUUUCCAGUAUUUCCAAUGCAGAUUCCACCAUAAUAGAAGAUGUCGAAGAAAAUAACGAGUGUAUUGAAGAAAACAACGAUUGUAUCAAAGAAACGUCAAAUAAACUUUCAGAAAAAUUCAAAAAUAUCUCGUUGAACUCGCCAAAACGAAAUUUUGAAAAGAAAUUCUGUAAAAACAAAGGUAGGGAUGACGACAGAGGAAACGAUUAUAAAGAAGGAACAAAUUUGAAUGAAAAAUGCUUUAAAAAUGAGGAAAUAGUUGUAAAUCGUAAAGAAGUUGAAAAUAAUGAAGCUGAAGCUACGAGUAGCGUUGAAGCUGAAACCAAAAGUAAAUUUAUUGCCGCAGCUAAACCUAGGACUAAAGAGGAAGCUGAGACUAACUUGGAAAGAGAAAUUGAAGCAAAAGUUGAAGCUGUGACAAAGACUAAGGUUCCUAGUGCAAUAUCUACCGCUACUGUACGUAGAGAUAAGACGACUUCACUUGAAAUCGAAUUUUCCACACCUUAUACAAAUAAACUUCAAUCCCUUCCGACAGAUACCCACAACACAGAAGUGCAUUGUUUUCUGCGAGAAAUUUCGCUGUCAGAUUUUUCCGAAACGUUAUCGGAAAACAGCAGCGGAACACAAGGUUCCAAAACUAGCAUUCCCACAUCUGAUAUAAAUGAUGCUAUCUUGGAGAUACCAGCUUCAGAUGAAAUAAACCAUUCAAGUUCUUCAGGUAUAAAUGACUUGAGUCUAUCUUUGGAGAAAAAUGAAUCGGACCAAAGUCUGUUCGAUGAUGAGAGCUUUACUUUACAAUUGUCACAGCACGAUUUGUCAGAAGAUGAUCCAACAAAAUCUGAUAGUUACCCUACACAAACUAAUGCUUUACAAAAAGAUGAAUGUGCCUACCGAAACGGUUUAAGUGAAGUACUUGAAUCAGAUAAUGAUGACAUUUUCGGUAAAUCGAUAGAAGAGGAAAUACUGCUCUCUGCCAAAAAACGUAAGAACGAUAGUGAAGAAUAUGGUGGAGGAAUUAAGAAGCUGAAAACUAAAUCAGUUAAUAUUUUAAGAAAAGAUGCUGUACGAGACAAAGACAUAAGACCUUCGUACUUUACCGACGAAUUAAAAAAAGAAGACACUUGUGCGGAUCUGAGUAAAUUGAAAAUCCUUGACGUUUGUCAAGAAUUAACCGGUUUGGAAAGUUUCAUUGCAGAACUUAAAGAAAAAGAUUGUUUUGCCUUUUCGAUAGCUUGUAGUAGAAUGACAGAAAAUAAACCUGUCAUUGGAAUGAACGCAAUGAAAACGGAGAGCUCAGUGGACCAAAAACAAGCCUUCUUUAAUGGUAGUCGAAAAUUGGAAGGCUUCUCAUUUUGUUGGGACGACAACAUAACCCAUUACGUGAGCCUCGAGAAUAUUAAGCUCCAUCAGAAAAUUAUUAAACUACUGAAACAAAUUUUCGGCAAAACGUCAACUACGGUGUGCAUGGUCGAUUCAAAAGAGCAGAUCAAGUUACUGAAGAAAAGUUGCGACGUGAACUUCGCCUGUCAAGUAGAAGAUCCCAAAAUUGCCGAUUGGAUUUUGGAUCCGGAAGGAAGGGAAAAAUCUUUGAAGGCAUUGACCAUAAAAUAUUGUCCAGAAAUGGUGGAGCUCUUAAACUUCUCCGAAGGCUCUAAAGGCGUAGGAAGCUUAGGUUUAGACCUCUACAGUUCAGUUCCCGCCAAAACUAGAUCCUCAUUAGAGUCUGUCAUAACUUGGCAGGUUAACAUUACAUUAAAAAAUGGUUUAUUGGUGGAACAUUUAAAAUAUUUGGAUGCUUAUGAUUUGGAGACAAAUAUAAUCCCAUGUUUGGCAAAAAUAGAACUAGACGGUAUACGCGUCAAUAAAAAUGCGUUAACGUCUUUAUUAAAUACCGUAAAAUGUCAAAUUAGCAACACAGAGAAAAAGGCGUACGCUUUAGCGGGCAGAAAAUUUAAUUUUUUAUCGUCGGCAGAUGUUGCAAAGGUUCUAGGUAUGUUCCGAGGCAAGAAAACUAGCACCAGAAAGCAAGUUCUCGAAAAGAACCAACACCCAAUAUCAGAUCUGGUCCUGCAAUGGCGAAAACUGCACUCGGUGCUCACGAAAACCAUUUACCCGCUAAUACCAGCGGUGCAAAACGAUCGUAUACACGGCCGUUACAUAACGCACACCGCCACAGGCCGAAUCACCAUGCACGAACCUAAUCUUCAAAAUAUACCCAAGGACUUCCAAGUGGUUAAUCCGCUAACCAAAGAAAACGUUGAUAUCAGUUGCAGGAAAGCAUUCGAUGCUCCCGUAGAUUAUAUGUUGUUGUCCGCAGAUUAUUGUCAACUGGAGUUAAGGCUUCUUACUCAUUUUUCACAGGAUAAGUUGUUGUGCAAAAUCAUGGGAGAGCCUGGGGAUGUAUUUAGGACUGUAGCUGCUAAAUGGAACAAGAUAACUGAAGAAGAGGUUACAGAAUCCACUAGACAACACGCCAAACACAUUUGCUACGGCAUAAUCUACGGAAUGGGAAAUAGAACUCUAGCAGAACAGCUAAAUAUGGACGAAGAUGACGCAGCUGAGUUCAUGGAAACGUUUAGAAACACUUAUCCUGGAAUAAAAACUUUCAUCCACAAUACAAUAGAAAAUUGUAAAGUUACGGGAUAUGUGGAAACUAUAAAUGGCAGAAGAAGAUUUCUACCUAAUAUAAAUGAAAAUGACUCGACUAAAAGAGGUCAUGCCGAACGCCAAGCUGUAAAUACCACGAUCCAAGGCUCGGCAGCAGACAUAGUGAAGAAAGCGAUGUUAAAAAUUGAACACAACUUACAAGAAAUGUUCCACAAGGCGAAAAACAAACCAAAAAUGGUACUGCAUCUUCACGACGAACUGAUCUACGAAGUCCCGACCAAAUAUCUACGAAAAGUUGCCAAAGUUGUCAAAAAAAAUAUGGAAAAGUCAGUCGAGCUGUCAGUUCCGUUUCCUGUGAAGUUAAAAAGCGGAGUUUGUUGGGGAAACAUGUCCGAAAUAGUUUUAUAGUUAAAUAUUUAAUCUUUUAGUUUAAAUUUUAUUUGGCACGUGUCAUUUUUAUAUAAAAAAUACUUUUUAUCAUUUAAUUAUUGUGAUAUACUAUGAGUAGGCUCUUUAUAUGUUUAAACUUAUACUUUUUCAAUAUUUUUUUUAUAUAUUAUAUAAUCUUUUUAUUAAUUUUGUUGUUGUGAGUGUUCUAUUAAGGCUAAAGGUAGGUUUACACUAUAUGGUGACUUGAAUAGUAGACUGUACGUGCGUGCGCAGCACACUUACUUUAUUUUCAUGUAUUGCAUUAUAGCAAGAUGCCAUUAGAUAAAAAAUAGGCGAUAUGAGGUUCCUCGUUUGAUGAAAAUCAUUGUUCGUGCAUGCGUUUGUUUAUGUGAGGACUGCCAAAAUUCAUAGGGAGCUAAAUCUGGUGCAUAAGGUGGAUUUUGUAAGAAUUUGUAUUUUAAUUUAGCGACUUUAACGAUAGUUUUUUAGUUGUGUAAGGAAGUAUGUUUUCUUCAUAAGAAAUUAUCUUUUAUUCUUUUUCUUGCGAAUUUUUACAUCCAGCUGAUCCAAAACUUUCCAAUAAUAAUCUAAUGUUAUUGUUUCGCCUAUUCGAUCGUAGUCCACGAGCAAAAUUUCUUUUGAAUGCCAAAAACUGAUGGAUAUUUUUGUUAUCCUUUCUGAAAUGCUCCAAAUAUUGAAUUUUUAAGUUGUGAGAGCAAAUGAUUUGCCUUACCUGACACCAUGUGACUUAAAUAAUCAAAGUCAAAAUUGAGGAAAACGAAGUUUGUUUUUGAAGUUUUUAUUAAAAAUGCUUUAAUUGAACUGAAUAUGAACACCACGUGAUUAAUACACAGUAUGGCAUCUGUUUCUACAGAUUCUUUUUACUCUUUUAAUAUAAUCUAGAUUCUUUAUAUAUUGUGAUAAAUAAAUAUACGAGAAGUGGUUACAAAAUAGUGAGGUUAUUGUAUCGUAGCGCCAUUAGAAGAAGAAGAAAUUAACUAUUUUCACGAUUAAUUAAAUAAUGUACUUAAUAAACAAAAGUUAUGAGGGAAAAGGGUGCAUAAUAUUUUAAGAACACCACAAAAAGACCGCCAAAAUGGUUCUACUGGUAAAAAUUGUAAAAUUACUCACCUCAUUUGCCUUACCUGACACCAUGUGACUUUUAUCUGCUCCCAAAGUUUAAAUCUACGUAAAAAAACGGAAGAGAGACGCAUAUUAAAUAAAAUAAUAACUAAAUAAAUGCAAACACACAAUAAAAUGUUUUAGAGAGUUCAUCAAAUUAUUUUGUAGCCACCCCUCGUAUGUGUUGCUAUUUUUAGAUGUACAUUACUGUAUUUUUUUAAACUAUUUAUUCACUAUUUCUGUAAUAUAAGUUUUUUACGU